CAUGGACCCCAGAACUCCGGACAAAACUUUGCUUUUAAAUUGUGAACAAUGACACAGGGGUUGCCAUGGAUUCCAUACCAACGACGACGACGACGCCACGGAUUAUAAAGUCGGCGAAAACGGAGAGUAGCAGCGCCAGUGACUCGAGUGGCACGAGCGAGGAAGAAAGGUUGAGGCGUCUUUUCCACAACUGCGAUGCUGACGGGGACGGGUUAUUGGAUGGAGAUGACUUCCUCUUCAUGUGUCGUCAGCUCAACAUGGAGGACUCUGCCCACGAGAUCAUGUUGCAUCUUGGGAUGGAUCUGUCACAGCAGAUCUCGUUCAGCGACUUCCUGCGGUGUCGGGUUCGCGUCAUGCAGGAGGCGGAACAGGUGAAUCUCGUACCGAACGCCGAGGACACCGGGAUCGAUUCCGACACCAGUGGCUUCCUCAUCACCAAGGCAACCAACAUGACGUCAUGGCCAACGAUGAGUAGUGAUAGUUUAGGAGCUCAUUCGGGAAAACCCGACAGUGUGGAUUACGAUUCUGGUGCUCGUGACCUGUGCAGUCCCGAGCCAACGUGCCUGUCUCGACUGAUGGAGUCACAUGACCCAACAACAAUUCGUCAGAUGCAGGAGAGUUGCUCAGCUGCAGGAAACUUUCUCGAAUUGGCCAAUCGGUUACACCAGGCUGCCUUGACCUCAUUGAAAGGGGAGAUAAUUGAACUCAACAACCGCUUGGCACAUGUGAUAGCUGAGAGGGAUCUCUUAGAAAAGCAGCUAAACAAAUGUCAGACGGAGAAGAUUCACAGCCAGAAGGAUUUUGACGAGCGCGUUGACCAAACAGCGGCUCGGUACGAGGAGCGGGUCACGGAGCUACACAGCGUUAUCGCGGAGCUCAUGAAGAAAACAGACAGACACCAGAUCAACGUUAUCAGAGAGGAGGAUGAGUUUGAGGAUUCUGAUAAGAGCAAUGACGGCGGCAGUGUCAACGAGAACAACGCAAACGGCUCACAGUCGGCCAGUCUCGAAAUAGGCAAUGAAAUAAAUGCUGAGUUUUCUCGCGUCGUCACCGAACUGGAGUCGGCCAUCGCCGAAAGAAAGGAUUACCCUCUUCAUGACACAACAGACGAUCGUGACGUUAUCCGUCGUCUUAGAAAUGACGUCGAAAACGACAACCUGGACUGUAAAUUAAUCCCGAGUGUCGGAAACAGCCACGACAGUAGUGACGUCAUUCAGCCGUUGUCGCAGGACAACGUCGGCACCAGCGACAGCUUGGACGAAAAACUUGACGCCCGUGAGGAGGACAGUGAUUCGCCCCCGACCCUGCCUCCCCGUGAGCCGCGGUGUGCCCUGUUCCACCCUCCUCCCCCGCCGCCCCCGAACCGCAUGCCAGAUCCUGAGUACCUGCAGGCGGAGGUGAUGUCGCUGAGGGUGGAGAACAACGCGCUGCAGGAGCAGAUCGGGAGACAGGAGCUGGAGCUCAUCCAGCUACGCAGCCACAUCGAGUGCAUCAACGACGAGCGAGACAAACUUAGGAGAAAGAUGAAAGAUCUGCAAGAACGCCUGCCUGGAGUUGAGAUGUCACCGAGUCCCAUGAACAGUCGCACUUCAACUCCCACCAAGUCACAAAUCAUCCCAACCGCAGGAGAUAGGACCACUGCUGGCAGUGAUCAGUUUCCUGUGGCGAAAAUAGCCGAGCUGAAAAAAUUGAAAACAUGCGCCGGAGACAGACAGAUACUGGGUGCAGAAAUUACCUCCCUUGGGUUACCAAACACGAAACUGGCCGAACAUUUAGUGCAAAGUCUACAGGGUUGUUCGAACAUGCAGGAGAUUGUUCAGACAUUAUACAAAUGUGGUUCGGAGAUAGGAGAAACAAAAGUGAAAGAAUUCGAAAUCGAGUUUGAAAGACUUCAGAGCAAAAUUGACCACUUAAAGUCGCAACACGACAUGUCGAUUUUGACUUUAAAUGAAAGCAAGUCGUACUCCGAACGUUUGACAGUUUUGAUGGGCAAAUACGAGUCAAACAACACCGCCUUACAGUUAGCGAUCAACUAUUCCGAUCAGGCCAUAGAGGCCUACGAAGUGUUGUGUGUGUUAUUGGAGAGUGAGAUGGGAGUUCUGCUGGCCAAUUGUCGGGCUGCGGGAUUGGGAAGUCUCGCUGAUGACGGUGGUGAUUGUGAGGACCAGGCUGAGAUCACAUCGAUCCUCCAGCGUGCCCACCACUCAAGGAAAUCUGCAGAAAAUGUCGCCCGGCACCUACUCCACAAGCUGGAUCGGAGCUGUGGCGUCCACGUCACCACCGGACUGGCCCACCCCUGGGAGGAGCUCUCGUCCAAUAGCAGGACAGCCAGCACGUCGAGUUCGACGGCGAGCUCUGUGGACGCAGACUUCACGAAGGUGGAUGAGCAGCGUCUGCGUGAGUACGUCCAGUCUCUGAAGAAUGACCGCGCAGCCGUGCGACUCACCGUCAUGGAGCUUGAGUCUCUCCACCUCGACCCGAUCACCGACCAGCCGUGCAAGAACAACGAUGCACAACGACUCGAUCUCGAGAACGCCGUGCUCAUGCAGGAACUGAUGGCAAUGAAGGAGGAGAAGGCAGAACUGAAGGCUCAGAACUACCUGAUGGAGAAGGAGAAGCGCGCGCUCGAGCUGCGUCUGAGUGGCAAGGAGUCGCAGGAGCAGGCAUACCGUGUCCAGAUAGAACAACUCAAGUGUGACGUCUCCGAGCAGCAGCACAGGGCUGGCAAAGAUGGCAAACACAAGAAGGAUGACGAUGAUGAUCUAACGGCACCUGCCCUGUGUGAGAUGAGAUCUCAUGACGUGAUGGAGAUCGCCCAGGAUCUGUGUGAGUCGCUGAGGCGUGAGAAACGACUCAAGUUCCGGGUGCACGAGCUUGUGGCUGCACUUGAGAAGAUCUCCAAGAACUCCGAAAUCAGACACCAGCAGUCAGCCGAGUUCGUCAAUGAUUUGAAACGUGCUAACAGUGCCUUGAUAUCCGCGUUCGACAAAGCGAAGAAGAAAUAUCAGAUGAAGCUGAAGAAGCUGGAAUCUCAGCUACAGGGUAUGACCGACCGGUACGAGCGGCAGGUCAACAUACUCAAACAGAGGAUCGAGCUUCUCGAGAUGAACUCUGUGAGACAACCGACCAAUGAAACGUCAUUGUAGCAUAACUCUUACAGCUUCUUGAGAUGGACUCUGACGACAACCGACCAGUGAAACGUCAUUGUAGCAUAAUACUUACAGCUGAUUGAGAUGGACUCAGUCAGACACCAACCCAUAACUCUUACAGCUUCUCGAGAUCAACUAAGUGAGACAACCAACCAUUGAAACAUCAUUGUAGCAUAACUCUUACAGCUGCUCGAGAGAUGGACUCGGUCAGACAACCGACCAGUGAAACAUCAUUGUAGCAUAACUCUUAGAGCUUCUCGAGAUGGACUCGGUUAGACAACCAAUCCAUAACUCUUACAGCUUCUCGAGAUCAACUAAGUGAGACAACCAACCAAUGAAACGUCAUUGUAGCAUAACUCUUACAGCUUCUUGAGAUGGACUCGGUCAGACAACCAACCAAUCAAACGUCAUUGUAGCAUAACUCUUACAGCUUCUUGAGAUGGACUCGGUCAGACAACCAACCAAUCAAACGUCAUUGUAGCAUAACUCUUACAGCUUCUUGAGAUGGACUCGGUCAGACAACCAACCAAUCAAACGUCAUUGUAGCAUAACUCUUAAAGCUUCUAGAGAUGGACUCUGUCAGACAACCAACCAAUCAAACGUCAUUGUAGCAUAACUCUUAAAGCUUCUCGAGAUGGACUCAGUCAGACAAAUAACCAGUUAAACGUCAUUGUAGCAUAACACUUACAGUAACCAGUGAAAUGUUACAACAGAAACUAUGUCAGUUCUUUGACAAAUGAAACGUAAUGAUAGCAGAAAUGUGCUAUUACAGUAACCAAUGAAAUAUCACAGUCUAUUCUGUGUCAAACCUCUGACCAGUGAAAUGUCACAACAGAAACUAUGUCAGUCCUAGUAACCAAUGAAAUAUCGCAAUACAUUCUGUGUCAAACCUCUAACCAGUGAAAUGUUACAACAGAAACUACGUCAGUCCUAGUAACCAAUGAAAUAUCGCAAUAGAUUCUGUGUCAAACCUUUGACCAGUAAAAUGUUACAACAGAAACUACGUCAGUCCUAGUAACCAAUGAAAUAUCGCAAUACAUUCUGUGUCAAACCUCUAACCAGUGAAAUGUUACAACAGAAAGUACGUCAGUCCUAUUAACCAAUGAAAUAUCGCAAUACAUUAUGUGUCAGACCUCUGACCAGUAAAAUGUUAUAAUAGCAUGUAUAUGCUGUUACAUUAACCAAUGAAAUAUUUUGUUACUGAGAGAUAAAACAUCAUAAUUAUAUUUAUAGCAUAUAUAAUGUGACAAAUGAAAUAUUAGACUCAGACAACCAGCCAAUGAAAUUUCAUUGUAGCAUGCAUUUGCCAUUACAGUAAACAAUGAAACUUUUUGUUACACUGUCAAAUCAGUAAUUUGUAAUGUAUAUGUGACCAAAGAAAUAUUUUGAUACAUUUUAAGACCACCAGCCAAUGAAAUGUCACUACCAUAUAUUUUCUGUUACAUGAACUAAUGAAAUGGUGCAAUAAACCUUUGAAAUGUUCAAACAAACAAAUAUUGUAGCAUGGAUGUACUCUUUUCAAGUUAAUCAACGAAACAUUGCAGCUGUUACCUAUCAAAUGUUAUGGAUGUUAUGAUAUAGCUUCAGCUAUUUACAAAAUAAGUUAUUGUCAUUACUUCAGUUAUAAAAUAAGUUAUUGUCAUUACAACAGUUACAAAAUAAGUUAUUGUCAUUACUUCAUUUACAAAAUAAGUUAUUGUCAUUACAACAGUUACAAAAUAAGUUAUUGUCAUUACUUCAUUUACAAAAUAAGUUAUUGUCAUUACAACAGUUACAAAAUAAGUUAUUGUCAUUACUUCAUUUACAAAAUAAGUUAUUGUCAUUACAACAGUUACAAAAUAAGUUAUUGUCAUUACUUCAUUUACAAAAUAAGUUAUUGUCAUUACUUCAGUUACAAAAUAAGUUAUUGUCAUUACUUCAGUUACAAAAUAAAUUAUUGUCAUUACUUCAGCAUGUACAGUGAAACCUCUCAAAAAUGUGGAUACCUCUUAAAACGGGACAUUUUACUUGGUCCCGAGGGUGUCCCGUUUGAAGGGGUUUCACUGUGUAUGGUGUCAGCUACUAAAACACUGCAUUUAUGUAUAGUAUAAACUUUGAAGUCUGCAUUUGUUCCAUCAACUGUUUGCAGGUAAUGAAGCACGGUGUGACAUUUAUGUAGUGUUACGCCAACCACUGUUUGAAAUAUGACAUUAUGUUCUUUCACACCUGCCAAUUGACAAAGUAGGGCAUUGGUAUAAUGUGACACAAACCAUUUUCUGUUACCCAUAUGGUUACAAAUAUCUUGGUACAUAUCAAAGUGAUACGUCCCACUAGAACGCCAAGAGGGACGUAACACUUCGUGACGUCACCGACUGGCGCACUACAUCCUUACAGAAACAUCAACAAAAUGAGUUGAGUGACAUAAAUUAAGAUCGAUUAUGUAUAAUAAAUAGGAUAUUAAACUCGCUACCAUUUUGUAUCAUGUUUAUGUCCCUCGUAAAAUAAGUUUCAUUGUCACUCGUUAAAGCUCGUGACAACUGAAAAUUAUUUCACUUGGGACAUAAACAUGAUAUGAAAUAGAAGCGUAUUUUAAUAUCCUAUAAAUAGAACACAACCUUAUGAAACAUGAUGUAUAUAUGCCAUAGAAUAAAAUACAACAUUCUUUUAUUUUACAUAAACCAGUUGAUGAAGUACGGCAUGUGUAUAAAGUGACACAAACCAGUUGAUGAAGUAUGGCAUGUGUAUAAAGUGACACUAACCAGUUAAUGAAUCACAGGAUGUGUAUAAAGUGACACAAACCAGUUGAUGAAGUACGACGUGUAUAAAGUGACACAAACCAGUUGAUGAAGUAUGGCAUGUGUAUAAAGUGACACAAACCAGUUGAUGAAGUAUGGCAUGUGUAUAAAGUGACACAAACCAGUUGAUGAAGUACGACGUGUAUAAAGUGACACAAACCAGUUGAUGAAGUAUGGCAUGUGUAUAAAGUGACACAAACCAGUUGAUGAAGUAUGGCAUGUGUAUAAAGUGACACAAACCAGUUGAUGAAGUAUGGCAUGUGUAUAAAGUGACACAAACCAGUUGAUGAAGUACGGCAUGUGUAUAAAGUGACACAAACCAGUUGAUGAAGUACGGCAUGUGUAUAAAGUGACACAAACCAGUUGAAGUACGGCAUGUGUAUAAAGUGACACAAACCAGUUGAUGAAGUACGGCAUGUGUAUAAAGUGACACAAACCAGUUGAUGAAGUCCAGCAUGUGUAUAAAGUGACACAAACCAGUUGAUGAAGUACGGCAUGUGUAUAAAGUGACACAAACCAGUUGAUGAAGCAUGAUGUUUGUACACUGUAGAACCAACCAACCACUUUAUUUUUUACAUUUAGUUUUAUCAAUCCAGUUGAUAUCAUACUGCAUUUGUUUUACUGUAACAUCAACCAUUUGAUAUCAAUAUCAACAAAUUGAAGUU